UGCCCAGGUAUCCUCAGUCUUUAUCUGAAAAUGUGUUUCUAACAUGUUUGUAUGUGUUUGUGCCUGGGUCUUCCCUGUGUCUGAAGCUGUGUGUAUCUGCAUUAGUGUGUGAGGGCCUGCAGGUGGGUCUCAGUGUUUCUUAAAAGACCUGCAAAGCCAAGGAGGUGUCUCUGAGUUCCAGGAUUGUGUGUAUCUGCUGUGUUGUGUGUGUGUGUGUGUGUGUGUGUGUUGCAAAUUGGUCUUAAUUAUUUCAAGUCAACCUGUGAGGACAGUGGGUGGAGGGGUCUCUGAGUUUCUGAAAGUAUACCAUUGUGAGUUGGAGUUUGUGUAUGAGUGUGUGAAGGAGGUCACCGCGUACCUGGGAGUCAUUGUGUGUCUGAUGAUCCUCCCAGGGCCCAGUCCCCAACAACCACUGACCAGGUUCCAUGCCCUUGUGCCUCUGCUUCUCUGAAACAUUAAGUUCCGCAACCUGCAGAUUUUCCUCAUCAAAGGAGAUUUGCCUUUGUCUGGAAGCCCAGGCCGUGAGACUGGACUUGUUGGGGAGGGGCACUUGCAGAAGAGGACUGAUACGUGAGGACCAUUUGAACACCUCAGUGACAGAGGGACCCUCUCCAAGCCCCAGACCCCACAAUCCCUGACCCUACCCUUGCCAAGCACCAUGCCAAGUGCUCUCCACAAGUCUUCCCAAUUAACCUUCAAAGCAACUGUAGGAGCAGGCACUGCUGACACUCCACUUACCAGAUGAGAACAUGAAGACUUGAAGAGGUGACAUCACCUGCCUGAGACCACCCAGCUGAUUAGUGCAGGAUCCAAACCCCAUCCACCCAGCUCCAAAGCCCUUGCCCUGACAGCCUGCCCUGUGACACACACAAUGCUUCAUCUCGGUGCCAUUGAAGGCAGGAGGAACUUGGAGAUGAAGACCAAGCCACCGGACAAUGGAGCCCUGCCUUCACAGAAUCCUACUCAUACACCAAAGAAGCUCUCCAAAAAGAAGGGGAAAAUGCCAGCUAGACUCCUGCCAGCCUGGAGCACGGAACCAGUGAAAUUCAGGGAUGUAGCCAUGUACUUUACCCAGAAGGAGUGGCAGCUAUUGGAGCCUACUCAGAAGAACCUGUACAAGGAUGUGAUGCUGGAGAACUAUAGGAACCUGGCUUCCCUGGGGCAUCAGUUUUCCAAGCCAAAGUUGAUCCUCAGGUUGGAGCAAGGAGGUGAGCCUUGUGUCAAGGAGAGAGCCACCUAUGAAGGCCCCCGGCGAGGUAACGAGGGAAUCGAUGGGUACAACAUCUCCAUGGACAAGAAGACGAGGCAUAAACUGAAGACAAAACUUCUGAAACGAGGUCGUUCUGAGACACAAUGGCAGGGAAAGGUGAAGAAAAUUGCCCAAAAGGAUGGCCCCCAGGGCACUAGGGCAGAAAGGGCUGUGGAAAGUGAGGACAGACCAGUUCGUGGCAAGUGGAAAUCCGGCCCAAAUUUGGCUGCAGGAUCAUGCAAAAAAAUCCUCCCUGGCAAGAAAGAGCAUGAAUCUGUGGCCUUGAGGAGACUUUUGAGUCAAACAUCAAUGACAGCAACACCAAAGAGCACCCCUCAAGGAAAGAAGACUCUGAAGAAAGACGUUCAUGGAAAAACACAGGAUGCUGUGAGCUUCACAAAGAGCAGGAGCAUCCGAAAGGGGAAGAAUCACUUUAAAUGUAAGGAAUGUGGGAAAACCUUCAACCAGACCCUUCACCUCGUGGAACAUGAGCGAAUUCACACAGGAGAGAAACCCCACAAGUGUGAUAUGUGUGGGAAGUCCUUCAGGCACAGCUCAUACUUCUUUACACACUAUCGAAUUCACACGGGAGAGAGACCCUAUAAGUGUAAGGAUUGUGGGAAAGCCUUCAACAGCAGCUCCACCCUCAGCAGUCACUACAGGAUCCACACAGGGGAGACACCCUUCAAAUGUGAUGAGUGUGGAAAAACCUUCAAGCAGAGCACGAAGCUCACUCGCCACCGCAGGGUGCACACAGGGGAGAAGCCCUACAAGUGCGACAAGUGUGAGAAAUGCUUCAGUCGCAGCUCAUCCCUGACAGAGCACAAGAGGAUUCACACUGGAGAGAAGCCAUAUCACUGUCAGGUGUGUGGGAAAACAUUCAGGGUCAACUCGCAUCUUUCAGAACAUCAGCGCCUCCAUCAAGAGGAAAAGUCUUAUCAGUGUGAAGAGUGCGGGAGGCACUUCCGAAAUGGCUCCCACCUGUCAGAACACAAGCAGAUUCAUGUGCCAGGAGCCCGAGAGGACUGCCCAGAAUGUGGGAAAGCCUUCCCCAGUAAGGCAGCCCUCCUCAAGCAUCAGAAAAGCCAUGGGGAAGAUUCUAUGUAUCACUGUCAGGGAUGCGGAAAGGCCUUCCGGUGUAAGUCAAGCAUUCAAAGGCAUCGUAGGUUGCAUGCUGGGGAGAAGCCUUUUGUGUGCACUGAGUGUGGGAAAGCUUUCACUGACAGGACUACCCUGAAUAAUCACCACAAAAUUCACACUGGAGAAAGGCCAGAUCCAUGCAUCCAGUGUGGGAGAGCAUUUAGACACCUGGCUUCCCUAAUUCUCCACCAGAAAAUACAUGCUAGAAAGGGACAGUAUACUCCCGGUGUGUGAAAAAGCCUUUAGCAAAAACUCACUCCUUCACAGCCAACAGAGAAGUCAAAAUGAGGGAAAUUAGUAAGUGUAUGUUUCCUUCAUUUCUCAUCAGAAGUUUUCUGUUUGACCAGUAGUUCCAAAUAGAGGGGUGAUUUUUCCCUGCCUGGAACAUUUGUUCAAUAUCUGGAGACUUUAUUGGUUGUCCCAACUGGGAGGUGCCACUGGCAACUGGUAUCUAUGGAAAGAGGCCAAAGAUGCUGAAAAAAUCCUACACUGCACUGAGCAGCCCACCCGCCAGCCCCCAGCCCUCAGAACAGAGAAUGAUCUGGCCCCAAAUGUCAAUGGUGAUGCCUUUGCAAAACGGUGCUAUAGGCAAAGCUCUAUGAGUAAUUGAAUUUGAGAAAGAAUUCAAGUAGGGUUUUCUGUGCUGUCCAAUACAGUAGCCACUCACUAGGUGGCUAUUUAAAUGAAUUUAAAUGAAUCAACAUGAAAUAAAAUUUAAAAUGCAACCCCUUGAUUACACCAGCCAAAUUUCAAUCACUCAGUGGCCAGAUGUGGCCUGUGGCUACCGUAUGGGACAUCAGGGAUGGAGAACAUUUCCGGCAUUGUAGGAAGUUCUAUUCAGCCUUGGUUCAGAUCUCAGUUAUCAGAAUUAUCACAUGUGGUGGCCUAGAAAAAGUUAGGAAAUGAGGUACAGCCUUGCAUGACUGAAUUUGUAUUUUUCUUACAGCCAAAUGUAGCGUUUUAUAAAUGGAAUGAUGCUCUGGACACUUUUAGGCCUCAGGAUUGGCCAGUACCUUACCCAAAGGACACCUCCCUCAUGCCUGGGGUAGAAUAACCCAUGGAUUACUGAUAACAUCACUAACAAAUGCCAACAUUUGUUGAGCACUUUCUACCUGUCAUGCAUGGUACUGAGCCCUUUACAUAGAUUAUCUUAGUUAAUUCUCAACAGAGUCCUAUGAAAUAAGCAUUAUGAUGAUCCCCAAGUUUUAGGUUAGAAAACAGAGGGUUUUGAGAGCUUUUGCUUUAAAAAAAAAAUUAUUUCCAUUUUUUCACGAAAAGCAAGGCUCUAUUGCUAUUUUUAUUUUGCAUUCUUUCAAAUUGACAUGAUUCAAAUGUUCACAAAAUAUGUCUUUAAAAAAUAAAAAAGUGUAUGCGUUUGCAUUUCUGUCUAGACCACCCUUGAGGGAAGAGAGCAGCUCAGAUUUACCUAUAGCAGAAGCUGACGCAGAGGAGACUUUAAACAAAGUGUGGGCAAACUGGGCCGAUCUAGUACACAGCCUAUUGCUGUAAAUAAGGUUUUGUUGGCACACAGCUAUAGCCAUUUGUUUAUGAAUCGUCUGUGGCUGUUGUGGUACAUAUAAAGGUAACACUGAGUUGUUGGGACAAAUACCAGAUGUUGCAUAAAGGCAAAAAUAUUUGCUGUGUGACCCUUGACAGAAAACAUCGGCCAGCCCCCUCUCUGAAUGACUGAUGGACUGGAAUGAAUUAGGAUGGAAAGGUUAGAAAAAGAAGAGAUAAACUCUAAGGCAGAGGCUCUCAAAUUUUUGUGCCUAUGACUCCCAGUAUGAGGGUACUUCAAAAAGUUCAUGGAAAGAUUCACAUUAUCUUUUAAUUCUGUUUUCCACAUGCUUUUUGAAAUACCCUUGUGUAGAAGAUAUUCAGUAUUGCGAUCCAGUACACACUGCAUAUGUGUGCUUUAUGUGUGCAUAUGAACAUGUGUUUGUGCAUACUUGAUGGACAAGUUUAAUGAACACUACUUACCUUGAUUAAGUGCAGGCAUUGUUCCUCUCUCAAUUAAAAAUGCUUGUUGCAACCUUCUAAAUCAAUUUUAUUAACCAUCAUAGGGUGCCUCCCAUGGCUUUAAAAGCACCGUCAGGUAGCAGGGCAACAUAUGAUACCAUCAGAAUCUGCCAGUGUCUGCUUUUCCAGACUCUUGGAGUUAGCGAGAGUCUAAGACCCUGGUUAUUGGAGGUCUCAGCAGAAGACAGAAGGUGGAAAGCCCCAGUGGCUUUGCACUUACUCUGGAAGCAGCCUGGAGAAUCAAGAGUGUGGGUCUAGUGAUUAUCCCAGGCUCUCUGGAUUCUUUUUACUCUCUUCAGAACAUUCUUUCCCACCUCCUUCUCAGCCCUGGAAGGGCUGCAGGGUCCACAGAUAUCUUAGGGUGAGAGUGGAGAGACCAUGGAUGAGGAUAUCCAAGGACUCUGGUAGAAUUUUCAGUGGGAGUCAUCUCUGGCUAUGUGGCUGCAUCCUUCUGGUAAUGAUCUCAGGAGCAGGGCUAGGUGGUUUCAGGGGGACUCCAUGUGGCAGGUUCUUUUUAUUGUGGUCAUUUUGGUCUGUGAAACAUUUGUGUAUGUGAAGAAAUUGGCAGAUGGAGGGGCUUCCUCUAGUAUAAGGACAGAAUGUGACUGUAUAUAUUCACCAGGAUCCUUUUGGUUGCAAAUAACAAUAACCCAACUCACACUAGCUGAAGUGAAACCAAAGCAACAAAAGGAAAUUAUGACAUGCACAUCUGGAAAGACUCUUUGCUUGAAGGACCUUUGACAGAACCAAAGACCUCAGAAAUUGAAAUUGAGAACUUGAUUCAGACAAGACUUGUUCACAUCACUCACUUCUGGUGCUGUGUGUAUAUCUUUGCCUUGUCUUUUUUUAGACAGACAGGAGCAUUCUCAUGAUUGGGAAAACAUGUCCACAAGUGCCUUGGCUUCCCAACCUUAGGGGAAAAAGAGAAUUUCUGUCAUGGAUUCCAAAUGAAUUCCGAAGAAGGAUUCCAAUGAGGUUGCUGUGAUUUAGGGGUAAAGGUUUGGGGAACCUAUUUAUCUGUUUUCCCCUCACUUUGAGUGGUUGCAAUGAGGAUUUAUCAUUUUUGUAGUUUUUUGAAGACUCCUUUAACCAGGAAGAAUAAACAAUUACUUUGGGUAAUUGGAGCUGGGAGAAAUUAAUUCUUUGGUGAUCACAUAGAAGGCUUAUGUGGUCAUCAAAGUAACAAAUAAUGGUGGUCAGAGUCAGUUGGUGAUAGCAGAGUGGAAAGAAGUUGAUGACUUCAGGAUAAAUAUUUAAAAGAUUAAGCCCACAGACCUGCUGUGUGAUAGGAUGUGGGAGACCAGGAAGAGGCAGAUGUCCUGGGUGUCUCCUGGAUUCUGGCUUGAACCAGUGGAGGUGUCAGGUUCCAAGAUCAGGAUGACUCAGGAAGGACAGAAAUGGGCCAUAAGGGAGUCAAGAGUUCAUUUAGUUUUGACUUUUGGUUACAGCCAAUUGAACAGUGGCAAGAGCUGAGAGUGUGCAUUAAAUUGACAAAUGUUUAAUCAA